CUGCUAUUUUGGCCCUUCGCUUGGAUAUCUGUGGAUAAUACUUGUUCUUCUCUCCCCUCCCUUUGUUAUAUAAACCCCCUGAAAUAUCUUUCUUUUCCCACCCUCGUCUCGUCUUCGUGUACUUUUGCAUUUGUUUCCUUUCUGUUUUUCUCUUUCUAGCUCUUCUCCACUUCGAUCGCUAUUCAUUUUCUCAAUUACUCGAUCCCCACCCUUUUGUUUGUCAUCUUCUGCUGAUAAACAGCAACAAUGUAUCUUGAACAUCAAUUCCCAUGUUUGUAUUGCCACCCCCACAGAUACAUUAGAAUGGUUCACCAUCUGAUAGAGAGAUGUUUACUCCUCGGCAUGACUAGAGACGACUGUGUCAAAGCGCUUGCGGUGCAUGCCAAAAUCCGCCCACUCAUCACACUUACAGAGUUGGUGCUGCUGCCUGCAGUGUGGAAAGAGCUAAUCAAAGAGAACAGGGACUUCUUUCGAGCAUAUUAUCAUGCUAUUUCUCCAAGGCCUUUGAAAUGGCCACCAGUGCAUAGGGUGUCAAGAUUUAGAAGAAGGAAGCAAUGGAAAUCAAUGUGAAGAUCACCCAACUCGCCAUCAAAAACUAAUACUACCUACCUACCUAGUGUUGUAUUCUCUGUCCUAGUUUAGGUGUAUAUAUAUGUACAUGUGUUUAAGCUAUAUUAUAGUAUUUUUGUGGGUAGAUGAUAUAUAUAUGUAUAGACAAUAGACACAAGCUCCCAUUGCUGGGUCAGUAUAUGAAUUUUAAGCAGUUAUUGUUGAAAAUGAUAUAACUUCUUUCUUCUA